UUGAAAGAUACAUUUUACAAAUAUUGAUGAGUUUUUCGCGCUUAUUCUGUAAUUACCAAUAGACAGCUAUGAAUACACCACAAUUUUUCUGCAAAACGUUCAUUGAUUUGGUGGUUAGCUUCAUUGUUUAUGACAAUUAUCAAGCAUUUUUUAACUAAAACAAUCAAAUUUGGUCGUUAUAUUUGCUUCAUUUUGUUAUAAAAUUUGGACUAAGGAUAAACUAGGAUAUUAUUUAACAUGCCUACAUUAUCCGAAACUUCGAAGCCACCCAAUGGAGAGAAUUGUUCCUCAGAUUUAAAACAUUCACAGAAUUACUUGUCGACCAAUAACACUAUUUUACAUGAUACCAACGUUUACGAAAAUCAAGGUGAUUCAGAAGAUGAGCAAUGCGUAGAAAAUCAUUUCAAAGUUGAUGGUUUAAGAAACGGUGCCAGAGUACCGGUAAAAACCAAGUAUGCCUCUGAAGCACGCGUUUGUUUUCCAAGUAAAUGGUCUAAAAGCAUAGAACCAACGCUUAUGUGUAUAAACGGAUUAGAUGAUUUUUAUAAUCAGCAACAAAUAUGCGUACUUGGAUGUAAUUUGUGUGAUUCAGAAGAAAAACGGAGUUCAUUUCAUAAUCAAAAUAAUGAAUGGACUUGUAAUCAUGCAAACCAAAGUGCUAAUCAUCCUCGUCAGCAGGACCAAAACAGUAAAAGCGAUCUAUUAAAUAAACAAAUCAAUGAGUUAACUGAACGUGAAAGUUACAAAAUUAAGUGGGUUGAAAAGCGCAACGAAUAUGAAAGUGAAAUCAAAGAGUUAAGAAGAGCCAAAGAAAAGGCCACUCAGAAAAAUAUCAAGUAUGAAGAACAGAUAACCGAAUUAAAAAAUAAGCUCAGUUCAAAACAAGAACAGAUACACAAUUUAUUGAUUGAAUUAGAACAAUCUAAUCAAAGAUCAAAUGUAAUCGAAACACAAUUUAAUGCUUACAAAUUACAAACUAGUCAGAAUGAAGAGAAUUACCAAACCUUAUCGCGUGAAUUCGUGAUUAUGAAACAGUGUAAAGAGCAAGCAGAAUUGAAUGCAAAAAAUUGUGAAAACAAUCGGUUACUAUAUGAGAGACGAAUGAAAGAGUUGGACGACAAUUAUGAACAAAGUAAACAACGUUAUUAUGACGAUAUAAAAGGACUAAUGAAUCAAUUGGAUAUGGAACGUUCAAGGGCUGAUGAACUCUUGCAAAAAAUUGAACAUAAUCGCCGCCAAAAUGAAGAACAACUUAAAACUAUCGAACAAACUCAACAGAAGAAACUAGAUGCAUUGUUGGAAGAUGGCCAAAAGGAGUUAAGAAAACAGCUAGCUGAAGCGAAUGAACAAAUUAAGGAGCAACAAAUAAUAAUAUUUAAUCAAGAAUUAAAAAUUUCUACAAUGGAUUCAGAUAAAAAUGAGCUCAUAAAAAUCAAUCAAAAAUCAACAGAGGAACAAUCAGAUCUUCGUGAACAAAUUAAGUUGAUUGAAAAUUUAUUAACAAUAAAAGAUCAAGAUAUUUCAAUGAUGCAAUUUGAAUGUCGUCUCUAUGCUGAUAAAUUGAAACAAACUGAAUUGGAAAAAAAUCAUUUCAUCGAAAAAGAACGAUUUAUAAAACAAAGAUAUCAAAACAAAGCCAAACGUGCAUGGGAACAAUGUCAAACUACUCGUACACGUUUAAGUAGAAGACUUGUCCAUCUACGUUAUAACAGAGAUUUAUUAUCAAAACAUUUAAAGAAACAAUACGAACAAAUGAAUCGUUUGAAUAAUUUAUUUUGGGAAACUGGAUGGGCAUAUGUUCAAUCACAAAACUCUCUACAAAAUAUCAAUAGACAAGAAAAGGAAUAUGUAGAUAAAGAAAUGCAAACAAUUUUAAUUAAUAACAAGAUAAAACAACCUUAUGUGACUAUAGACCAGAUUGUACAGACUGACGCUUCACAGCCGGAUAACGAUGCUAAAGAUGACACAGUGAUAUCAUGCGCUAUCACAUGGAUUUCAAAUGAUUUAGAAAACUUGACAGGAAAGUUGGAGAAAUUGCUUAAAUAUCACGGAAAAGAAAACUUCAAUGAUCAAGACCUAGACAACGAAGAAUUUCAUAUAGGAUUUAGUGAAAAAGUAUCUCUGAUUUCACUGACUCUUGAAUUAAAAUGCAAAGUGAAUUGGUUAAAAACGUGUUUUAAUCAAUUAACAGGAUAUACUUUUAGAAAAACAGUGAAGUGAGUUAAAACUAUCAUUUCAUGAAUAGUAUGAAAAAUUUAGGAAGUUGUUCAACGUGUUUAUUCCAGUCAUUUAGUAAAGGACAAUGAACAUAUUAUUGUGAAUGUCAAAAAUAGGAAAUAAUAGAGUACACUGUAAUUAAUCAAUAAGAUAAAGAUGUAGAAAAAAUUCCAGUAGUCAGUUUGUUUUGCAAUAUAAUAAAUCGUUUAGUUGAAAAAAUAUUGGCUUGCAAGAAUAACCAGACAAGAGUUUAUUCGCUCACAUCAAAGUGUCGACACACUAUAAAAUUAUGUUGAUAAUCAAUGGGAUUAAUAUGGACUGCAUAAAUUAUAUCACUGCACUGAUAUUCUAUAUCCAGUAAUCUUUAUUAGAAGGCCAUAUCUUUAUCGAGCUUCUCAUGAACCCGAUAUCUAUUUCUUUUGCAACUGCAUAAUUGACAGAGAACUAUAUAUAUAUAUAUAUAUAAAUAUAAAUAUAUAUAUAUAUAUAUAUAUAUAGCGCUGACUUUUAAAGCCUUACAAAAGUAAUUCUACCAUCAUAGAAAACAUAAAUUAAUUUCGUUCCUUAAAAUAAUGAGUGAUGAAGUAUAAUCUGAGAAUUUAUUGCUUUGAAAAAAAUAUUACAUAGAGAAAUUAUUGCAUUGUGGUGUGCUACUUAUAUUGACAUAAGUAGUAAAUGAUGUUAGUCGUGAACAGAAGGUCUGGCAGCAGAGACAAGAGGAUCGAACAGUAAAGAAUGGAAACAAAAUGCAAUUUGUAUAAAAAUGCAAGAACAAUGAAGUCUGAGUCAUUUUGAGACAAUCGAUGGACAUUUCACAAAUUAAGCAUUUACUUUAUGAUUGUUAGAUUUUACUAACAAGUCCUGUAAUUUUGCGUUAGAUACAUUCGAUUGCCCCCACUCGUGUUCUGUUCACUACGGUAUGUGUACAGGCUAUUUUAAAGUGAUGAUAAGCUUGAACGAUUUCAUGGUUUAAACAGUGGAACAAAGCCAAUUUUUGUAACGUAACACAUUACAUUUUAUCACACCUUAUAUUAUUGCUUAGGUAAACCCUAAUUAAACAAAUAAAAUAUCCCAGUUUUAAGUCAUUAAUGACAAAAAGGUUAGCACUGCUCACAAGAUUCCGUUCGGAGAAAAAUAGGCCACUGAAGAAAUGUGGAUUACACAUGUAAGACAGAUAUAACGGUGUACAACGUGGUAUAGUUCUUUAAAAAUUCAGUAAUAUCCAUUCAUGGACAUAGUAAUUGAUUCAAAUUACUGAGACAGUAAAGUGAAUAGGAAGCUUAACAUAUCAGGAUGAAGAGAAGCAGGUUAUUUCGGAAUAAAGUAUGUAAAAUUUGAAUGAUCCUAAAUAAUGUGAAAGUUUUUGUUACAUCAUAUGCUUUCGUCUGGGGAUCCCGAACAAUAUUCUCUAAUUUUGUAGGGAGUCAGUCACAAAACCUAUCAUAAUUACCCAUAACUAUGAAAUCCCAGUAUAUUUUGGCGUAUAUAUGAGGUUAUAGCAAUAGAUAAACGUUUGCUCAUUAACACAGGAAAUCACCAUUAUGUAGUUUUCAGCAGCGUGUGAUGGAGUGUACGCCGAAUGACCAAGCAUAAAUGCAUGGAGUAAGAUAAAGUUAUAUCAAGAAGUGUAUAUAAUGGUAUAGAGCAACUUAUGUUAUUUACUAAUACUAAUACAUAUUUAGUAAUAAAGAGAAUAGGUAAAUAAAUGCGAGAAGUGACUAAAGGUUGAAAUAAAUGGAUUCUUUAAGGAAUAUUACAUAACCAAACAGAUAUAAAGCCUUUGGUAGAUACUUCAUGUAUCCUUAACUAAUAUUUCAUAAUUUUGGUGGGAAAUAUAUCAGAUGUUUUAAGAUCCAAAACGGUGCGAUGUAUAGUAGGAGCUAGCAAAGAUUCUCCGCUCAUUUCAAUAAUAAAUUUUUCUUCAAUAAAAUAUAGCUGUACAUAACUUGUGAUUGUCUUUAUUCUGAGUUCUUCAACAAUGGUUAAAGUGAUUUUUUCUUGUGAAUGUUCUAGUUUUCACAUACUUGUUUAAGUGAUAUGUAACGAAAAAUUCUGGCUUAUUUAAUGAAUUAUAAGAUAUUUCGAUUGAAUGGAAGUCAACGUUUUUAGUCAAAAUGAAGCAAAAGCCCUAUUUGUUUAAGAUAAUAAGGUUUUUAAAAGAUAUCGGGUUAAAGUCAGGUUCACAUGCUGUAAUACUUACAUUUUCAUGUUCACAGGGUACCUCAUAACAGAAUCAUAAAAAUGUAUGUUAAUAGUAACCUUACCUACGUUUUCCUUAGUUAUCAAGCAAAAAUAACUUAACUAAAUUGGAAGAUAUUAAAAGGAAUUUCGAGAGUUCGACGAGCAACUUGAAGUUGUUAUUAAGUCAAAUGGAAACUGAUGCACUAGAAGACGAAUUAUCAUGUGUCGGUAAACUAGCCCAAACAACAGCAAAUCAACUGAAACUUAGUCACUCAAGACUUGAAGAAAAUCUCGAUUCAAUAAGGACUGAUCUUAUUCGUCUAAAGGCUGAAUGUCACUAACUAUCAAUAAAAUGAAGUCGUUCGCUGGACUGAGGAUAGAUAAAACAGCAAGAAAUCCAAUCUAAUUUGUGACCUUUUAUAAAUUAUAUAUCUAUUAAACUAAACGGAUAAAAUAUCAUUUGGUUUGAAUAUAACGAUCUAUAACAAAUAUUCAGACACGUAAUACGAUGAUACUCACACAUAGUUAAGACAGAAAUUGACAGACAAAUACAUCCUUGGCUUCUGUUACACUGCAGUCUAUCAUCAAGGUGUACGUUCUUAAAGUCGAAAUUCGUUAGUAUAGAUACUGCAUAAGAUCUGUUUCUGCACACCGGUUUUAAGUGGAGACGAUAGGUUACAAGUUUAUUGGGACUUUAUGAUACAAACUUUUAGGGAAGUGAUACUCAGAUUCUGCGAGUUAAAAUCAGCAAACGCCAUAUUUCUGAAUAUUGCUUUUUACAAAAACUGUGUGACAUGAACAACUUUACUGAAUCAAUAACAUCAAAUUAAAAAAACAUCAAAAAUUUUAAAAAAGUUGCUUCAAAACAUUAAUGGAUGAAUGCCAGAAAUAUAAGACAGGAAGGACAACGACAAUGCUAGUCACAUCAAUGAUCCCUAUGCAACAUAUUCUUCAGUUGUUAUUGGGCAGCAAACAACAUAACGGAUUUUGAUUUAGACUAAAAUAGACAACGUAACCACUCAACACACUGGAUAAUCAUCAAGCCUUUAUCAAUCUUUUGUUUCGAUAGAACAAUGAGAAGACGAAGUUCAUCUGAAAAAUAUGAUAUAAUUGCGCUAUACAUUUCAAACAAUCCGGUCACACAUACUUGUCAGGGCAUUUUAUAUGAAAAUUAAUAAACGUCAGGUUACGGCAAAUUGUUUUUGUGCACAUAAGAUGGGUUUAAAUUUACGGAUAGCCAAUGUUUCAAUGAACUUGAGGAUUCGUCCUUGACAAUUUCUAUACAACAUCUUAAAAGCUGUAGUGAUGUCAAUUCGGUGCCCCGUUUCAAUUAUGUGUUUUGCUGUCGAUGUACAUAGUUUUCUACCUCUCAUGUUGAUCGGGUCGUUUGAUACUAAUUGGUUUUGAAGUCAUCUAGGCACAUGUUCAAUGACCCUUGACUUCAUUGUUCGACUGCUACUCCAUGUAUGUCAGCACAAACAUGUAAAUUGGUAAUACAAUGGAAUAUGACGCAAUCACUUGUGCAUUAUCUAGGUCUGUUUGAAACCAUGGGCUGUCUUUUCAGUCACAACUAGUUUAGCAGUAUAAUAGCUUUCCUCGAUAGCUGCUUUCAACAUGUGUCCAGAAGGCUUCAAAAUCAAUCGUAUUAGUUUAUAAUUAAAAACAGAUGUCAUUUUAAAACCACUAUCUAUAUGUUAAAUUGCUGCUUCAUCGCUACUACUAUAUACCUGGGAUUAAAAAUUGAACAGAAAAGACUAAUUCGACGAUUCCCAAUACCUAUAGUAACGAACCUGUCUAUGAAGAACUCGAUUGGGUAUCUCAUAAUCCACUUAAACUACUUGGAUAGUUCUAAGAGCAUUUUGUGGCCCUUUAACUGACUACAAUUAGAUCAUAUGUUGAUCGCUAUUGAAUGAUUGCUAUCGUCAUAACUCGCGUUAGUGAAUAAAAGUAUUAAAAUAAGUCAAAUACGAGAAUGGAUUUUCGAAUACACAUAAUUUGUACAAUUGUUUAACCGUAACAGAUAAUCAGAGACGUAACAAAAGGAGCAAAGACGAGAGUGAAACGAAACGACGCGCAGUGGAGGCAUGUGAGCCAACUCCUCGUAAUUAACAUUUAUAGCCACACAAAAAUAGGUUACAAACAUGUGAUGAGUAGUAUAAGAUGUACACACAUACGCUCAUAUAAAAAGUCAGGGUUAAUAAGUGAAUAAUUAAAAAGGUCAAAACGUGACUCAAGAAAAUGGAUAAAUUGUGUGUCCAGAAACUAGAAUAAAUUAUAUAGGCUUGACAAAGUAACCGGCACUACAGGCAAGCGAAUUCUAGUGGGUUACGCCUCCUCACUCAUGCUUAUGUAGACCGCAUUAAGGACACGGACUGAGAAAUAUCUUCGUUUGCUUAAUUGACAUAGAUCAAUAAGAUCGUGUUUAAUCAAGUUUAUAUCAUACCUAUAUGAUGUACAAAAAAAUUUCCAACAAUGACCGUGUAAACAGCAUGGUUAGAAUCUAGGUAACUUGCCCCUUUUGAAGAUGUGUACCGUUGAAUAUAAUAGUAAUCUUCGGCGAACAGUGUAUAAGUAUUAGACAAUCUUUUUAAUGCUACGAGUAUACCGGUUAAAAGAAUCAACAUCUCACUAAGAUGUUAUAUAGUGAACGCUACCGAAUCACUUAUUUUGUGAUAUUUAAGUUUAUGAAUAGUGUAUAAACAUUAACGACUAUGAACGGUGUACCUUUACUGUACGUUGACGUUUUAAUGACGAAAAAGUGGGUGGUGAAAUCACAGAAAAUUAGGGUUUUGUAGAACAUUAAGAAAUUUUGAAAGGUGUGAAAGCUAUAAUUAAUUGAAUUCGAGAUAUCUACUGUAUGCACAGUAAGUAGUGAGUUUACAAUGGAUGGCAUAAUUAAAGCCUACACGAAAUAUAGACAACUAAAAACAAAACUAAUCGCGAACUAUGGUCAAGGUGGACACGAGUAAUAAUCCUCUAACAAAAUCAACGAAUGAGAAUACCUCUUUCAUAGGACUUUAAACUGUCAUUUUGUCUCUCACGUUUCCUCAACUAAUAGUAGUUGCUUCAUUAUGGAUUAUUGCCGGUUAUUUACAUUCUAUUGUUCAUAUCCACAAAUGACUUACUCCUGGAGAAACCUACCGAUUUCACUAUUGCUUUAAAAGCAUUAACAGAAAAAAAGUACUAGGAAAUUCAAAUACCUGACACUACUUAAGGGGAGUUGAUGUGCAAAUUUUUUUAUGUAUUUGAACACAUAAGUCAGUCAGUCAGCUACAACGUGGACCAGGAACAUAUAUGCAUCGGUGUAAGUUGUCAAACCUCAUUAGCAUAACAAGAUGAACACCAAAUUCAUAGCAGUUACUUCAAUGAUAGUAAAAAUAACAUUCAUUUACGGACAUGACACAAGGAGAAAGAACUAGUUCGUAGAAAGAAAGGUAUACAGCGAUUUUAAUCUCAGGGUUUAAGGGAAAACAAAGAUUGUUUACACCUAUACCAUUGUGAUCGAUUCUGAGCUAUGACACCAAGAAUCUCCAAACAUUGGUUACAAUAGUCGCGCGGACUUCAACCAAGUAGUCUGAGUCUACUAACAUGGCUCACGCCACGAGUUAGUGAUUUGAAAGACUGAUGCCACAUGUUGGUUUAACCACCCAUAACUUUCUUCCAACCAUUCCCAACACCGGUUAGCAUUGCGCGUCGUGAUAAUCAGUGUUCAGGCAUACGUAACACGUGACCGGACCAUUUCAGUUGAUGAAUAUUCACAACCUCACCAACUAAUUUACAAUCAUUCCCUAAUACCCUGCGUCUAACCUCACUAUUACUUACCCAGUGAUCCCAGUAAUAUUUCUAAGGCAUCUGUGAUCAAAUGCUAGUAGCUUACGAGUAUCUUCGACUCAAUUUAUUUAUUUGAACAUAUAAAUAUUGGUACAAGAGGACACCAAAUAUAUAUGCGCCACACAAAACAAUGAGAAUGGGAAGAGAAAAAGG